GCAGGACACAGCGGAAUGCCGUCUAGCUGUGUUUCGGUUGCCACGCCUUAACUUACUCCAAUUCAUAAUGUCCUCUCCACCCCCUCGCGCCUUUCGUCUUCUCUGUCUAACGCUGUGUAUCCUGUACAGUCUGUAUAGUGCACUUUUCACCCGUUGCUGAAAUUCGCGUGGAAAUUUUCCAUUAUUCGUCAUACUGGACUGCAGCACGACCGCGUCACGCUUUCAGUGGCUACUGUAUACGGCUAUACUUCUGCAAAACUCUACGUAUCGAACGAAAUUUUCGUACAAUGCCGAUCGAAGCGGAAUAUUUUCGACUGAAGUAACCUGUCUUUCGUAUACGUACUCGGCAUUCCAUCUGUCAUUUGACACGUCACUUUGCGUCCCAUUAAUCUAUAUUAGUGUGGGAAUUUAGCCAGAUUGCCCGCAAUUUUAUAAAAAGAGACAUAGAGCGAGGUUUUUCAUAUAUAUCAGAUAUGUCGAGCGAAAGCGUAAAAACAUUUGCGAGUCUUGAGACACCUGGGUAUGUGGGAUUUGCGAAUUUACCUAACCAAGUACAUAGAAAAUCUGUGAAAAAGGGUUUUGAAUUUACAUUAAUGGUUGUUGGAGAAUCUGGUCUUGGCAAGUCCACCUUGGUGAAUAGUUUAUUCCUUACAGACUUGUAUCCUGAAAGAAUAAUUCCUGAUGUAGUCGAGAAAACCAAUCAAACUGUCAAACUUGAUGCUUCAACAGUUGAGAUCGAAGAAAGAGGUGUCAAACUAAGAUUGACGGUUGUGGAUACACCUGGCUAUGGAGAUGCAAUCGAUAACACAGAUAGUUUCAGAGCAAUCAUUCAAUACAUUGACGAUCAGUUUGAGAGAUUUCUUCGUGACGAGAGUGGUCUAAAUAGAAGGAACAUCGUGGAUAAUAGAAUACACUGUUGUUUCUAUUUCAUUUCGCCAUUUGGUCAUGGGUUGAAGCCAUUGGACAUUGAGUUUAUGAAGCAACUUCAUAACAAAGUUAAUAUAGUACCUGUAAUAGCAAAAGCUGAUGUACUUACCAAAAAAGAAGUCUUGCGCCUGAAGAAAAGGGUUAUGGAAGAGAUAGAGGGCAGUGGAAUCAAAAUAUAUCCUUUACCGGACUGUGAUAGCGACGAAGACGAGGAUUACAAAGAACAAGUGCGUCAGUUGAAAGAGGCGGUUCCAUUCGCCGUAUGCGGUGCAAAUACCUUGCUCGAGGUCAAAGGAAAGAGAGUACGGGGUCGAUUGUAUCCAUGGGGUGUCGUGGAAGUGGAGAAUCCUGAACAUUGUGAUUUCAUCAAGUUAAGAACGAUGCUGAUUACUCAUAUGCAGGAUUUACAAGAAGUAACACAAGACGUGCAUUACGAAAACUAUCGUAGCGAAAGAUUGGCAAAGGGAGCUCCCGUGCCACCCCGACGUCAGAACCCUCCGGAAUCCGAUAAAAGCAACCCUGUGUCGGAAAAGGAUCGUAUUCUGCAGGAAAAGGAGGCAGAGAUACGACAUAUGCAGGAACUUCUGGCUGUGAUGCAAGCGCAGAUGCAACAACAACAACCUUGAUCGAACAUGCAUUUUUCUACUGACGUGUGAAGGAAAUAACUCCUCACUGUUACGAGUGCCAAAAGAAGGAAUUACAAAACUUUUUUAGUGGCUUGCACAAUCAAAGUCUUGAUUUAGACGUACUAUUUUUCUAAGCUUGUCUUUAUCAAGGCAACCUCAUUUUGCGUCGUUUUUAUAGACAUCUUUCAUAAGAAUAUGAAAGUAGAAUCUGUUUUUGAUACGUCUUUUUUAUAAGCACGUUGUCAACGUGUUAAGAUCCUCAAUAUUUUUGCUCUAUUCAUUUUACACCAUUAGAAUUGUUGCAAUUGACUGUUUUAUCAUUUAAUUGACGAAUUAUCAUUUAUCAUUGACGAAGGCAUUUGUGGCGAAGUCAAUUGCAAGAAUUAUUCGCAAAUAUUAGCUCGCUUUUUCAUAUAAUCCAAAGUGAGUGGCGCAGAUACCUAAAAGUGUCAACACUUAAUUUAAUGCCUUGUUCAGAACAAAUGACCAACAGAAUCAAUCAAUCGACAAAACUAUAAAUAUAGUGUGAAACAAAUGUUUGCAUAUCCAAGGUUAAGCAGGUAAGGCACUUAAGUAGAUUAUCCUUAUUAAUUAAUUUUUUUUUAACAAAAUUUACUUGAACGAGAGUUGUUUUGUUUCAAAAAUGUUACCGUGUGAAUAAAAACUAGGAAUGUAUUAUUUUCUGUAUUUCUAUUUUUAUACGGAAACUAUUUAUAAGGAAGAUAUAUGUGUCUUUAAUUUUUUGUAGUUUCUCAUGUGAUUCUUGUCUUUUUUUUAAUUAGUGACGAACUAUUUAAAAUUUUACUUACAUUACAAAUUUAAUGUAUAUAUAAUAAACAUUUAAAUGAGAUUUUUAAUACAAUUGUAUUAUCAAGAUGAAUCAGGAUUGAAAAUGUAAAUAUAUUAUAAGCGAUUUUAAUAAUUUUUUGCUUCAAAAUUUCUUUUUCAAUCUUAGAUCUUGGC